CUCGAUUCGGCCCCAAGUCCGUGUCACCGCUCCGCGCUGCAGCGCCGAGAGUAGCACAAUACAACGGGCUCUUGCUGUCAUCGCUGCAGCGCAGCCGAUUUGCUAUCCCGAUUUCCUUGCAUCGCCUUCAGCAACAUGCGAGUCAUCCUGCUGCAACGUCUUUUCUCAGCCUGAGCAGAGGGUCACCUCGACAUUGCAUUGCCUACUCUCGCGCUUCGCUGCAAUGACCGUGGGCAACGAUUUCAGGAUCUCGCUACCCAACGUGGCGUCGUCCCAGGCCAAUUAUGCCCUUGGCCUGGCGGACGAAGGCCUCGGGAGCCAUCCGCGCAUGUUCAAGAAGCACAAAGUUCUUCCGCGUCCUCGGAAGGACGAUCCGAAAUGGCUGGCCCAGGCGAGAUAUAGUCUGGGGAGUGAGGGGCCGUUGUCGCAAAACGAUGGCUCGGUGGCGCCGGAUCUUUACAGCCGUCAGCGGGCGAGCCGCGCUGGUAGAGGCCCGGAACCGCCGCCGACACCGCCGGCGCAUUCACGGACGUCCUCGGCAAGCCAUCCAACUGACCCCUCGAGUCCUAACUCGACCGGGAACGCUUCGCGCAGCACGGAUAACGUCGAGCGGCGUCCGCCGACUACCCCGCCGAUCCAACAGACCCCACCAACCCCUAAUUUGACGCCGGAUCGCACUCCUCCAGGCCCUGCGGCGAGCCAUAUUCCCCGUCGUCCUCCCCUGAGCGGUCGAAACUCGUCAAAACGGACGACAGAUUCAAGAGCUGAGUCGUUUAGGACCGCGCCGGAGAACCCAUGUGUGUCGGAAGACGACGAUGACGAUGGAAAGUCGACGUUGCGCGCGGCCCUGCCAUCAGCCAACACAUCGCAGAGCACGGUUUGUCAAGCCAACGGCGAAGCAAUGGGCGUCUCUCAACACGUGGGCCUCGGUCUGGGGCUCGAAACGAACCCCGGCGAUGCCGCGACACAUCCGCUCGACGGAGAACGGGGUAGCGGGGAAGCGAAAGCGGGAGCGGGAGUGGAAGCCAACGAGAUAAUGGAGGAGUGGGACACCCAGCUCAUGAGGAAUGUAACCGUCAGGAAGCGACGACCAACUCGGCCAAGGGAGACUCGCAACCAGGUGGUUAUUGACGACGUCAAGGUGGCACCAACGAACGCCACGCGAGCCCUUCGCUCUAUGUCUCUGCAAGAAAGCCCGAUCCUGUCGUCUUCGCGCCGAGUCGUCUCCGACCGGCUGCCAACACGGGCCGCUCCUUCAAAUUCCGAGUCAUCCAGUAGCAUCGAUAUCAAGCGCUCUUCGAUCAUGUCUAACAGAUCGACUGCAUCGACCGUCGUGGAAGCCGUUCUCGUCGAAACAGCUCCCCAGCGCCGACAGACAUUGCGGCACGUGAGGAAACAUAGCGCCUUGCGGGAUUCGGGUUCGGAGAUUUCUCCCGCAAGCUCUGCACCGACAUCUGUCUCAGCGGCUGUCGACGAUCAGCGGCCACGUCAGCCAUCUGCGGGCUCUAGAGCACGCGAAGUUACCCGAGAAAGCCAUGCCUCGACUGCGACCUCCAACUCGAUCUCGAGUCGAAAAGCGCGGCGUGAAGUAUGGAAGAAUGGCGGAGUCCCUGUCGUCGUGAUUCCUGAACGGCGAUCAUCUGUGAAGUCCAGCAAGCCGCCAUCACUACGAUCAACGAGUAGUAGACGAUCCCAGAGUCUCAGCUCCAUUCCCGUUUCGCUGCCGUCCAAGAGCAGGGAACAUAUCCCCCAUUUCGAAAGGCCUAUGCGUCGAAGCCGGGCGUAUUCCGAGUCCGACGGAUCCCGGGCGGGCGAUGAGAGAACUAUGGACUUUCCACCGGUUAUCCCAACUCGGACAUCCUCCCUUUCGGCGCCUACGAGCAGAAACGCAUCGAGGACGGGCUCACUGACCGCGGAAAGCUUGAAGGCUCACAACAUGUUCCAGGCACAGCAGGCGCACUACGCUUUGCAGAAGGUCAGCCAUGAGCUGAGCAAGCUCCCCACCCAGCCUCCACCUGCCUCGGUCGAGAAUGCGCUGCGCGAGGGCAGACAACCCCCUGUUUUGGUAGAGCCUGCUCCGCGAGACGACCAGAGCGAGUUGGAUAAAAGCCCGACUCAGGCUCCCCGUCACCACGGCUCGCCCGAUACCCAUGGAGAGUCUAGCGGACUCGGGGUCGAUCGUGAUGGGGAUCCGUUCGACGGAAAGAGACUGUCGGUGCAGAACACGCCGUUUUCAGUUGCAUCGGUGGAAACGACCGGGACGUCGCAUGCUGAGGUUUCCGAAGCGCUGGCCGUCAACAUCUACCCGCAUCAGAGCAAAUCCGUUGUCCUUGUCAACCACUCAGCCAAGCCAUCCGAGAGUUCUUCCUUGGAUCCGCAUAAGCCAGCUGCUACCGAUAUUCCUACCGAUAUUCCGGUAGUCAAGACAACCGGCGUAAACGGCAGUGCCCCUGUCACCCCGCCGCAGCAGUUCUCUAUGGACGACGUUGAUUCGCCCCUGAGAAACCCGAGAGCGCCUCCUCCGCCACCGGUCAUCAACUUCAUCCCGGCAACGCCAUCCGGUCUCACGCCCGCCACCGAAAAGCAGAAACAGCUGGGCAACUACUACGAGAUGACCGAGGAGAGGCCGAAACGCAGCCUGUCGCUCCUCAGACGCGCAUUGAGCCGACGGGCAACGGAGCGCCGCCCGUCUCCGGCUCGGUCGCUGCUCACGCGGACGUUUUCUCUCUCAAGAAACGUCCGGCGACGCCGCGACGAGUGGGAUGACGAGCGACCCAGGCUCAAGCGGUACUCCACCGCCGACGACAUGCCUGCGGACGAGACCAGACUCCACCCGUUCUGGCGGCCUGCCUACGCCGCAGAUGACGAGAGCUCCGAAGAGGAGUACGACGAGGAUGAGGAAGACCCGGACGACAGGACGUACCGCUAUCCGCCCAUCGACAACCGGCCGUCCCCUCCCCGCCGGAGCCUCAGCGUCCGCAUCAAGCGCACGUUCGCCAUCCUCCCGCUGCGCGACGACCGCUAUUCCGACUACCCCGCCACUGCCCACGAAGGGCCCGAGCGCCGCACCAUCCGCCGUACGCCCAGCGGCAACCUACGCGUGAUGAAGCUCCGCCGCAGCAUGGAAUCGCUGACGCGCGGUCCGCCGGUGGAAAAUGCCCGGCCGUUUACCGCGCCCGAAGCUCGCCCGCCGCUGCAUCAGCAGCAGCAGCGAGGCAGCGGCGGCGGUCCUGGACGGUACACGCGUCUGUGGCGAUCGCUCAGCCUCAAGGCGCGUAUGAGCCGCAACCACGACGCCAUAGGAAACACCAGCGGAGUCGGCGGCGAAGGAGGUGCGGCAAGCGCAACAGCAGGGCCGGGACCAGGGCCGGGACCAGGGCCGGUAUCCGGCCCAAAGCCGGCGUCGGGGUUCCUGCCGGCGCUCGGCGACAGGAUCAACCUGCCGCGGCGGCUGAGCGAGCGGCGGCGGGAGCGGCGCACGCAGGAGCUGCGGCGCAUGAUCAGCGCGCCGCGCGAGGUCCGCGACGGCGUCGGCGACGUCAUCCGCCGCGAGAGCUGGCGCGAUCGCGAUGCCAUGUACGUCCUGCUCCAGCAGCGGGAGCAGCGGGAACAGCGGGAACAGCGGGAAGAGCGGGAAGAGCGGCUGCCUCGAGUGACGGUGUGACGCUGGUGGUGGUGAUGAUGGGAUGAUG